GUCACAGAUGAUGCUGCUUCUAUAAACACAAGAACACAGCAGAGAAACAUUCAGACACACAAGAGAAACAGCGACUGCUUCGUACAGCAUUAACAGACCAGAACGUGAUGGCAGGAGAGGCUCUGGACAGAAGGAACAUCUGGGAGCCGAGUGUUUGCUGCGCACUGGGGAAUGAGUCUUUUUAUAUCGCAGGUCAUGACAUCAGCAUCCGCGAGUCUGUGGAUACUUUUGGUGCUCUGAUCUGGCCCGGGGGGAUAGCUUUGAGCCAGUUCUUGGAGAAUAACCAGCAGCAAUUGAACCUGAUGGACAAAGCUGUUCUGGAGAUUGGAGCUGGGACUGGCUUGCUCUCAAUAGUGGCCAGUCUGCUCGGUGCUUUGGUGACAGCUACGGACCUGCCUGACAUCUUAUCUAAUCUGACCUUUAACCUCCUGAGGAACACGAGGGGUCGCUGCCGCUACACCCCUCAGGUGUCCGCCCUCACCUGGGCUCAGCACCUGCAGAGAGACUUCCCCUACCCGGCCUUCCACUACGACUACGUGCUCGCUGCGGACGUGGUCUACCCCCACGGAUCCAUCAAUGAACUGCUGGAGACCAUGCAGCACUUCUGCCGACCGGGGAGUCGCACGACGCUGCUUUGGGCCAACAAGAUCCGGUUCCAGUCAGAUUUCAAGUUCACGGAGAGUUUCGAGAGCAGCUUCAACACCGUGCUGCUCGCCGAGCUGCCACAGCAGGAGGUGAGGAUUUACAAAGCCACAGCCAAGGAGUGACGAGGAGCUGCGGGAGGUGGAGGAUCCUGAGAUGUUAGAGGUCAUAAUUGGGAGGAUAAAAAUCAAUUCCAUAUCCUCUGUGUGGAUCUGUGUUUAGUUCACAACAUCACUGGACAGAGCUGUAGCUGCUGUAAGGAAAAUAACAGAAAUUAAGCUCACAUUUCCAUUACAAUAAGUUAUUUUAUUUGCCAGCACUUUUUUAUACAGUUCAUAUCUCUGAUUUUAAUCUAAAUAACAAAAAUAAAAACAUUUGCUGUAAACGUGUGUCUAUAUAUUUAGGUUUAUUUUAUAACAACUUGAAUAUAUUUACUUAUAUGAAAGGUGCUCUGCUCUUCUUGUUUCUUUUCUUUGUGCAAAGAUUAAAUUAUGAUCUAUGAAAUAAACAAAUAAAUAAAUAAAUCUAAAAUAAAUAAUUCUAAAAUGUACAUUUCUGGUGUGGUGGCUUUUAGCAUUUCAGCAACAGUAGUUGAUUUAGCUGUUUAUAUUAAAACUAAAAGACAGUAGACUCAAUAAGAACAACCAACACUCUAUAGAAGCACAUUCAAGAGAAGUAAAUAAACAUUUGUACAUGUUCAACAUGUCACUCUCACUCGAAUGUACCACAUGACUAACCCUAUUUAAAGUAUAAGUCGAUACUUUAAAUGCAUUUUAAACCUAAAAGUAUUACAUUCAUUUAACACAUGCACACACAAAUAGUAAAGACUGAGAGAACGGCAAAGAAGACAAAGAGGAAAUCAUGUCAACACUUUCUUUUUUAAACGUCUAAAUCUACAUUUUAAGGGGUAAUCUGGAAGAUCUCUGUGUUCUUCUCUUUGGUGGCACCUAUCGCAAUAAAAAUCCAGGAAAUGUCGCCAAACACCCCUGGUUUGCAAUGCUGUAAACCAGGGGUGUCAAAUUCAAUUUCACCACGGGCCACAUCAGCAUUAUGGUUGCACGCCGGUU